AGCAAACCGAGGCCGGCCACCACACCCAAGCGAAGCCGCGGAGUGACAGCGGCGUCGCGCCGUCGGCCCGUCGCCCUCCCUCCCUCCGACGGAAACCGCCCCCAGCUCCCGACCCGCGAGGCGAUGCCCCGCGCCGGCGCCACCCGUGACGCACGGGGGCCGCAGCCGAGCCCGACGGAUCCCCCGCCGCCCUCCCACCCGCACCAGGCGCUCUUCGCCGCCGUCCGAUGCGGCGACACGGCCACCGCCCGCGCGUUCCUGGCCGCCGCCGAGGCGUCGGGCGCUUCCCUGGCCGCGCUCGCCGGGGUGGCCGCGGCGUACGUGGCCGCGGAGGCCGAGCGCGAGGAGGUCGUGCGCCUCAUCCUCUCCCUCUACGAGUUCAAGGCCGCUGACGUCAGCGCGCGACUGGACCUCGACACCUUCCGCGUCCUCUCCAUGCGGGGCUGGGUAGGUACACCACCUUCCUUUGAUGGAACAGAUUAUGCCUCAUGGAAGCAAAGGAUGAAGAUUUACUUGAAAGCUAUCCAUCCCUCCGUUUGGUCGAUCGUUGAAACAGGUUAUACCGUGAAGGAUACUGGCAGCCGAACUACCAAAGAAGAACAAAUUGAACACAAGAAUGCUGUGGCUGCAAGUGCCAUUCAUAGUGCGUUGAGUCCAAAUGAGCGCAUCAAGGUAUUUGGGCUUAAAAGUGCCAAGCAGAUGUGGGAUGCACUCCAAUUGGCUCAUGAAGGCACCCCACAUCUUCGAGAGUUAAAAAUUGAGCUAUUGACGGGAAAAUUGGAAAGGUUCUCCAUGGAGGAAGGUGAGACACCAAAGGAAAUGUAUAACCGGCUAAUCCUCAUCGUGAAUGAGAUCAAGGGGCUUGGAAGCGAGGAAAUGACGGACAAAUUUGUUGUCAGAAGAAUGCUACGAGCCAUCACUCCAAUAAAUCCCAUAUUGGCCACCUGUAUUCGUCAGCAAGAUGACUUUGCAAAGCUCACACCUUAUGAUGUGCUUGAAAGAAUUCACUCAAUUCAGGAUCUCAACAACCAAAGCUCAAGCUCAAAGAAGAAAUGUCUCACUCCGAAGGCAAGAAAAGAAGCUAAAGAAAGCUCAAGUGAAGAAGAAAGUGAAGAGGAUGACAUGGAACUCCUUUGCAAGAGAUUUAAAGAGUUUCUCAAGAGGCAACGGAAAUCAAAGGAAAGGCACUCAAAAAGAACAUGCUAUGAGUGCGGUGAGACCGGCCAUUUCAUGUUCAAUUGUCCAAACAAGAACAAGGACAAUGAUGAGAAAAAGAAAGAGAAUCAUAAGAAGAAGAAGAACGAGAGCAAGAGUCAUAAGAAGAGUCAAAAGGUCCAAGCUCAUAUUGGUAAAGAAUGGGACUCAAAUGACUCUAGCACCGACUCCGACAACGAAGAUGUUAUGGCAAAAGGGUGCAAGGUAGUAGGUUUCAGCCUGGGACACUUCGAACUCAGGAUGCAUGCGGGUGAUUUGCUUCGCCCCAGAGAAAACCAGCAACCGUUGUUUCGUCAGUGACUGCCGCGACGCCGCCUUCUCAGUUCCGGUUGCUUCUCGCUGCACAUCAUCGCGCUCAACCUCAUCACGCAGGGUGGCUGCAACACGACGUGCUCAAUGUCUUCUGUCCAUCUUCGUCGCCGCUUGUCCAUCUUCUUCACCGCCGUCAGCUGCGCUACAAGCCUUGACGGGAACAAUAGCGUCGUUAUUUAGAGAUGUUGCUAUUUUUUUAUUAGUUGCCUGUAUGACGGCAUCAAGAGCAAUAGCGUCGUUAUUUCUGUUCUGCCCUCCUCCUUUCAAUUAUGCAACCAAUUGUCCAAUUUAUGUGUUUUCUCACACCUCUGAACAGUUUGCCCCCCUGUGAGCUGCUGCUUCACCACAAAAAAUCAGCCUUCGACGAACACGUUAUCUUUUGCAUA